GAGUGAACGCCGACCCCUGCCAGAACGGCGGGUUUUAUGGAAAAGGCUGCGCUUGUGUGUGUCCCUCGGGCACCUCAGGGGCCAACUGUCAGACAGUGACAGGAGACUACUACGACAAGUUGACGAAUCCCUGCACUGAGAAAGUAACUCAGAAAGGCCUCCUCACCUCGCCGGGCUAUCCAAGCAACUACCCAAACAUCCAGUGCGUCAAGUGGAUUGUAGCUCCUGCAUGCCACGUGCCCCGAGUGACCUUCUCAGACUUUUACCUGUACGGAAAGAAUCCCUACUGCGGCUCGACUACAGCGACGUGCUGCUACUUUGAUGGUCUGGAGAUCAGAACCGACAACUUGUACAACGGUGCAGUGUAUUGUGGCACGGACAUCACUGCAGGCCAGACCUUCACCGGAACCGGUCAAGAGAUGAUUUUAUACUUCAGGGCGAUAAGUAAUAAUCUUCGCAAGGGAUGGUCUGCCCAACUCACCUUUGUGCCGCAACCGGGAUGCACAACCACCACUACAGAAACCCCCACCAGCACCACCACCACAGCAACAACCACCACUAAAAAACCCACCACCACCACCACCCCCACAGCAACAACCACCACUACAAAACCCACCACCACCACCACCAGAACCACCACUACAAAACCCACCACCACCACCCCCACAGCAACAACCACCACUACAAAACCGACCACCAGCACCACCACCACAGCAACAACCACCACUACAAAACCGACCACCAGAACCACCACUACAAAACCCACCACCAGAACCACCACUACAAAACCCACCACCAGAACCACCACUACAAAACCCACCACCAGAACCACCACUACAAAACCCACCACCAGAACCACCACUACAAAACCCACCACCAGAACCACCACUACAAAACCCACCACUGCCACCCCCAGAGCAAUAACCACCACUACUAAACCGACCACCACCACCACCACCAGCCCUAAACCACCAAGAUGUUUAACUCAGGCAUUCAACGGAGUGUUCUACUGGUCCUCCCCCGGCUUCGGGAUCACCAACUACCCGAAUAACUUUAACUGCGCACUGCGAGGAUUUUCGACGACAUCCAUGUUGACGCUGAAACUGGAAAGGUUCACGCUGCAGGGAGCGCUGAGAAGAUGUGUGGAUGGCGUCGAGUUAACAUUCUUGUACAAUCGAACGACAACGUUGUGUGGAUCUCAAUCAGGGAAAGUCUUUACAUCGCCAUCUUUCAAUUUCAACGCGAGAUUCUUCACCGACCCCACGAUGACCUAUCAGGGCUACAACAUCUCCUUCACGCCUGCAACCACGAGUUGUCACCAGAUAAUCACGGCAGCUGUUGGUCAGACUGGCACAAUAACUUCCCCUCCAGCAGAAAAAUACUGCGAAUACCGAAUCCAGGCUCCUUCUGGAAGUCGCGUGAAGGUCAACGAAGUUACAUCAAGGAUUCUAGGGACAACGAACUGUGAAACUGACUGGCUUCUGCUGAACGGGAGGAGUGAGAAGAUGUACCCGUCAGACACCAGCUUAAUUAUCUGCGGCAAUAAGGUAGUGCCUUCACCUCUGAUAUCCCAGACCAAUGAGAUGUACGCAGCUUAUCAAGGCACCAGCAGCAGCAGCCGCGGUUUCACUAUCAAGUAUACCGUCAUCUAAGUCAAACGUUCCUGGAUUUUCUCGCCAAUCACGACUCCAAUGUAUCUAUACGGGCACGAAUUUCAUUUUCUUUACAACAAAGGAGACAGCUCAAGGGCACACAAAAAAGGAAACAAUAAUGAAAAAAAAAGAGCCCGCUUCUCGCUGCUCCUAAAAAAAUGAAUCAAAAGAGGUGGCCGAAAGAGAGGUCAAUUUCGGGAGGAGAAUUCAUUAGUACACCUGCAACCCUUUCAGUUUGCCUCUUGCCCACGAUGUUUCUUUGUUUAAAAUCAUAUCACUGGUAAGCCAAGUCAGCUGAUAUAACUUAAACGAGGAACAGAUAUCAAGGCUGGUAUUACAAGACACUUUCCCUUCUCACAUCAAGAUAUUUCUAAAGGUCAAAAGGGGAUAUCAAUCAGGCUCUAAUGAGUGUUUUUUAGGUUCAGGGUACAGAAGAAGGGUCAAACUACCACCAGGGUCAUAAAACUAGAACCGGAAAUGCCCACAACUUCUAGGAAAGCCUUGUCAAAUAUGUGUUCUUGGGCGGCGAAAUGUCUUAUAAUCCGAGCCUAAGCAUCCUUUUAGUGUUCUACAAUAGCCGCCCCAAGAAAAUAAAUCUAUGCAGCAG